AUGACCUUAGUCACUGGCGCCAACCGUGGCAUCGGUCUCGGUAUUGUCGAGUGCUGCCUUUCCAACGGCGCAGCUAAGAUUUAUUCCAUCGACAUCGGAGAGACUGGAGAUGAUUUUGCUGCUGUUUUAAAGCGCUAUCCUGGUCAGAUGGCUGCUAUUGACGCAAAUGUGACCGAGGAAUCCACCAUCACCGCUGCAAUUGAGAAGAUCAUCGAAGAAGCCGGUGCUCUGCACGGAAUGGUAGUAAAUGCGGGUCGCACACAUCACAAGGCUGCUCUUGACUUCACAAAAGAAGAGAUUGAGAGCCUAUUCAAUGUGAAUCUUUUUGGGGCCUUCUACAGCGCACGUGCCGCUGCUCGCGCAUUUAUCAAGCUCGGAAUCAAGGGAUCCAUUGUAUUCACAGCUUCAAUGGCUUCUUACCGUCCAAACAAGCGUGUUCCCUCCACUCCCUAUGGUGCCUCAAAGGCAGGCGUCCGCAACAUGACUCACACAUUGGCAAUGGAAUGGGCACAGUACAGUAUUCGUGUCAAUAGUGUAUCUCCUGGUCUGGUAAAGACUGCCAUGACAUACUGGGUCCCUCAACAGCCAGACUGGGAGCAACAACUAAAGUAUUACGGUGGCUUUCCCAGGUUGGCUGAGGUACAGGAACUUGGCGGUGCUUACGUCUACCUUCUCAGCGAGGCAGCUAGUUACACUACGUCUAUUGAUAUUCCGGUCAACGGGUCACUGGCAGUA